UUACCCGCCACUAAUUUGACUCUAUCCAAAUUACUUGGCUACUGCCAGAUAAUAAAUAACUGCAGCAUGCAUAUACUUUCAGAGUUUAUGAUCCCUCACUCUGGCUUGCGCUAGCAAUUCCUACUUUCUUAAUUAAUGGCAUCCACAAUAUUAUUUUGCAGUAGUUUCAUGGUUGCAUUGGCCAUGGCUUCAUUCAUGAUCACAGCUGGAUCGUUGAAAUCUUCUACCGGUGUGCUUAUCACGGUCGAUAAAUUAGGACGUGGAAACUUCAUGAAGAUUCAAGACGCCAUCGACGUUGUGCCUUCGAACAACUCAGUACAUGUCCUCAUUUCCAUUAAACCUGGAGUUUACGAAGAGAAUGUUGUUAUUCCGGAGGACAAACCAUUCAUAACUUUGAAAGGCGAACAUACGAAGUCAACCAUCAUAAGAUGGGACGGGCGUUGGAAAGCUGCAGACAAGACAACUCUCUUCAUACAAGCGUCAGAUGUUGUGGUAAAACAACUUACAGUUCAGAAUGAAUAUAAUUUAACAAGAGAAGGAGCAAUUGCGGUGAGAGUAAGUGGCGAUAGAGUCGCCUUUUUCAGCUGCAGAUUCCUUGGAAUCCAGGACACAGUCCUUGACGACUCUGGAAAGCAUUAUUACUGGAAAUGCUACAUUGAAGGAGCCACCGAUUUCAUCUGUGGAAAUGGCAAGUCUCUCUUUCAGAACUGCGCCCUGCACUCAACCUCAACGUAUGGAGGAGCAAUUACAGCACAUAGGAGAAAGAUGCCGACAGAAGAUACUUACUUCAUCUUCAGACACUGUAAAAUCACCGGAACUAAAGGUGGAAGAGCAAUUUUGGGAAGGCCGUGGGGGUCUUACUCGAGAGUGGUGUUUGCGUAUAGCUACAUGAGCAGUGUAGUUCUGCCAGAAGGUUGGAGGGACUGGCCCGGUGUACCUCCUAGGAAAUGGACAACAUAUUAUGGGCAGCGAAAGUGCUAUGGACACGGCGCAAAUGUCACAAGAAGAGUCAAAUGGUCUCAUAAGCUUUCGAAAUCUGAGGCUGCGCCCUUCUUAAAUAUAUCAGCUAUCAUCGGUCCAAAGGAUCAAGAAUGGAUUAGAUCUCCUAAAAUAAAUUAUAAGAUAUUUUUUCCAGGCAUUUUUAGCUAGCUAUGGACUAACAAGUAAUCCUCAGUAAUGGCGAUUCGUUUUCUUCUAUUAAAUUUCUUUGAAGGUAGAAGAUCCAUUUGUUGUUGUGUACGAGUCACAAUAUUAGACUAGAAAAUUUUACUUUGUGAGAUAUGUUUCUCUUGUUGCUUGAGUUUGCCUGAAUGUUCUUUACAAGUGAAUGUUCAAAG